UAAAAAUGCUCUCCAUAUAUGGCAUUAGUUGACCUCAAGAACUGGCAGCCCCCAUGGAAGAUAGGUGUGCAGACUGAGACUCUUUUGCUCUUUGUUAUAGCCUCCUUCUGCUACCCCUACAAAACAAACAAACCAACAAGACCCACUCUUGAUUGUGCAAGUGGGCAGGCAGCUGGCACAAACCUCACAGACACAGACCUACACCCCCAAAGCCCAGGCUCACUGGACAUGUCACGACUGUUACCCAGUGCUUGUGACUAGUUCAUAGUAGGUGCUCAGUAAAUAUUUCUGGAAUGGACAAAGGAAUGUAAAUGAGUGUUUCUAUCCUAAAGAACCAAAUGGAUGGAGGAAACGUGGUUCAUCACUGUGAAAAGAUUGCCAGUCUCUGUCCCAGACCUAGUACAGAAGUGACGUUGAAGUGGCAUUUUCUGAGGUCAGCAUUUUCCGAGGUCAGCAUUUUCCAUUCCCAUAACACAUAGCCCAGACAGAAAUGGUUCCAAGUCUGUGUCCCAUGAUGCUUUGAAUCUGAAGUGUAGCUAUGGGGCUGGUGUGGCUAUGAGGAAGCCCUUUAUGAGGUCAUCAUGUCACCCUUGCCAGUCCCCAGAGAGAGAGCAACAUGUCAAGCACUUGAGGCCCCACAAUGCCUCACCUCAUGAACCCUCUUCUAAAAAGCAUCAUUAUCAGAGGUCAAUUUGAUAGCGUCAGGAGGAGGCAAUGCCUCCAAUAUCUAAAAACCCUGAGGACACUGCAGUAUGAUGGAUUUCAGACCAUAUAUCUUGGGGAAACUGAUAUCCCAGAAAGCCUGGUAACUGGAGAGGACCUUAGUAAUGGAUAUUUCGUGCAAACUCCAACGUGGUGUAUCGUGCAUGCCGGUGGUAGCCAAGGAUGGCUGCCUUGGAAAUAUCGGUUGUUCCUCAGAGAUGAACUCUGUAUCAAACAAGAAAGCAACCUCUUCCUCGAGUUCUGUGAGGUGGUGAAGAAGAACUAUGGGAAGUGUGCUGUUGUGGUCAAAGGGAGAGGGCCACAGGAGGAGAGGAGUCCCGCGGAACACAGAGAGGCAGAGGUCCAGCCCAGCAGCCCAGCAGUCAUUAAUUUAACAAGCAUAGUGUGCUGCCCAGAGGUGGCCAGGUCCUACGGCCAUAAACUGCUCUGCCUGCCUUCCCAUUAUAACUACCUGAACCCCUUGGACUCAGCCUGGUCUUCUCUGAAAUGGUUUAUCAUCAAUAACAGGAGAGAGUUUAGUCUGCAAUCCAUUGACAGUGUCUAUUCCUACCAGUUUAUACUUUUGAGUGAUUUAAUUAGCAAAGGGCUUGAAAGGAUAAACCUAAGCAAGUGGAAAACACUAACAAACAAAGUUCGGAGGUGGGAAAAUUAUUAUCUUGGGAAAUUUUCUUAAGGACAGUUCCUCCAACAAGAUGCGAGGCCCUGCCACACGUACGGUCUGCACCUCCAGUUCUGCUGAGCUUGAUUCUGGACUAUGGCAGCAGCAACACCUCAGCAGUGACCUCAGGGUUCUGUGAGGCCAGAGAAGAUCCUGAGGACUUUGGAUGGUCCUGAGCUUACUGGGGGCUUCAUUAAAGCUUGUUGGUAAUUUAGGGGUCUCCACUC